GCUGCCAAGAGCAACGGCUAGUUCUCUACUUGGUUGUCCAGCCACACUUGAAUCAACACCAGGUAGCCAUAAAAUAGUAGGUACUGAUACCAGCGUGUAGGAAAGGACGAUAGGCGUAGCGAGGAUUGCGAAGGAGAUUCAUUACGUGGGAGCCGCUUGGCAUUUAACUUCCCUUGAAGCGCGGCGACGAUAAGUACGCUGUGCUGACGCGAAGAUCUCUUCUACGGUUAUCUUCAACUUUAAUAUCUUUCUCGCCUGUGCAACAACGUCCGCUGGAGCCUAGAGAGCUGAUUUUAUUGCCAGCGUACUUUUCAAAUUUCCCACAUUUUAUGUGAUUUUUGUUUGCAAAUAUUCCAACUACUAGUAUCGCUUUCUCCCUGGUUCCCGUUAGCCAUUACCCACAAAUGGCGUGCUGCAUUCCGCUGCGCGCCGAUGUGACAUCAUCAGCGAGACUCAGUCCUGCCUCCCAGGAAUACUGUCAACGUUCGUCGCAGCGUUCUUCGCGACCCUCGCAAUGCUCUUCGCAAACUUCGCGAACCUCAGUGCGAUCUUCGCAAAGCUCUCCGCUUCCCUUCCCACGGAACCGCUUCCACGCCUCCUUUGCUCUUUCGCGGUACACACCACUUAAUCCGCUAUUCAACGAGCCUCGUUAUACCUCUCCUAUUUCUCUAAAUAGUGCAUCCAGCAGCAGGACGUGCCGUUUAAGUUCAACCGCGCGACAUUCCCAAGGGCUCCACGACAAUGAUCGUACCCAAAUGUCUCCAGCCGCUCCCAUCCUUCCUUCAAAUUUUCGUGAUGUCACGGCUGUUAGAAGCCACAUCGUAAGCUCAAUCUCUCAGGCCAGAUCCUCCAAAAGCAGCAGCAGCCGCACCAGCAGCGGCAAUCGCCAGAGCAGCAACGAAAGCAACCGCAGCAGGAGCAGCAGCGGCGUGAAUGACGGCAAAGGCGGAAGCAACGCAGCAGGCACUGCCGAGAUUGGCUGGAGACAAUAUAUCGGCACCAUGGCAGCCGUCGUUCUGCUGGCGGUGGGACUCGUGUCCUUCCCCGUGGGCCAAGCACGGGCUUUAACGGAGGAGAACCUAGUGUUUCUAGAGGCGUGGAGGGUGGUGGACCGCGCGUACGUGGACAAGAGCUUCAACGGGCAGAGCUGGUUCCGAUACCGCGAGCAGGCGCUCAAGAAAGAGCCCAUGAACAACCGCGAGCAGACAUAUGCUGCGAUUCGCAAGAUGCUGGCCUCCCUAGACGACCCCUUCACGCGUUUCUUUGAGCCGGGCAAGUUCCGCUCGCUCAAGGCCGGCACGCAGGGCGAGCUCACAGGCGUGGGGCUCGAGCUGGGCUUCUCGCCGGACGGGAGGCAGCUCGUGGUGGUGGCGCCAGUGCCGGGGGGCCCAGCGGACAGGGCGGGCGUGGCUCCCAAGGACGUGAUUCUCAGAGUGGAUGGGGCGGCCGUGGAGGGACUUGGCCUGUACGACGCGGCGCAACGACUGCAGGGUCCUGCUGACUCUCAAGUCCAGCUCACAGUGCAACGGGGAGAGAUCAAGCCAGCCGUGCAGCAAAGGGGGAGGCAGCAGCAGCAGCAGAGUCAGCAGGAACAGCAGCAAGAGCUUACUUUCACCCUCACCCGCCAGAAGGUCUCCCUCAACCCCGUUAUCUUCCGAACCUGCGACCUCUCUCGGCAAGCCUCGGCAGUCCUCCUAACCUCAGGGGCUGGUUCGGCAGGCAGCUUCGGCAGCAAUACGAGCCUCGUUACCCGUACUGCGGACAGUGCUACUGGAGGUCUGGCUCUGGCAGGCGGCGAGGAGAAGGUUCGGGUGGGGUACAUCCGACUGACGACCUUCAACCAGAACUCAUCAAGUACGUAUGCCGUCCACUCUGAGACGUCUCACGAGCAUAGCUACGCGUGCUGCGGACAGUGCUAGUGGCGGUCUGGCUCUGGCUGGCAGGCAGCAAGGAGAAGGUUGGGGUGGGGUACAUCCGCCGGACGACCUUCAACCAGAACUCCUCAAGUACGUAUGUUCUGUGUUGUGAGACGUCUCAAGAGCAAGGUUACACACGUUGCGGACAGUGCUAGUGGUGGUAGCGUGGCUCUGGAAGGCAGUGAGGAGAAGGUUCGGGUGGGGUGGGUUGCAUCCGCCUGACAGUGCUGCUGCAGACCUAAGUGGGAAAAUUCGCGUUUCACGUAAAUUCGCUGACGAAUUUACGCUGGCGUAAAUUCGCCGAACGCCAGGGCCCUGUUUUAAAUUCGUUAGGAAAUUCGUUCCGCCCGGGCAGGAAAAAAAAACCCG